UCUGUAUAUCUGUAUAUUUUAUUAUUUUUCAGCUUUGACUUUCAUCAUCAUCCAAAACUUCAUUGCUCACAUAAAUUCCAUAUAUUCGUUUUCACAUCAAAAUAAAUUGAUUGAUUGAUUGAAUGAAUGAAUCAAUUUUAAUGUUAAUGUUAAUGGGAAAAUGAUUGAAAUUGUUUUUCCUUUUGUAUUUUGUAAUUUCAAAUUCGAAUGUUCAACACCACAACAGUAACAUUAAUAAUUGUUCAUUGAUCAAAAAAAUAAAUACAUGAAAUAGAGGAAAAUGUCACCGGCAAUGCAUCCACAGAAAUUGUCUACAUUUGCUCGAAUCAAGAUGCCUGACAUGAUACGAGUUACAUACAAAGCUAUACGUAUGACAUGUUGUAUGUUACACAAUGUCUAUUGUAUUCCUGGAUAUCUUCUGCUUAAUCUAUUAAUGUUGCCAUUGUACUAUAUCUCGAUUGAAGCUUAUUCUUGGAUAGAAAAUAUUCUUUACUAUGCAUUACUUUACAUUGUUGGCUGGUGGGGCUACGGUGGUGGCCUAAUUGUACAUGAACAUGGUGAUGAUAUACAUCAAUUGUUAGAAGAUAAUAAUCCAAAUAUUCGAGUACUAGUGGUUGCUAAUCAUCAAUCGACGGCCGAUGUACCGCUUAUGUUUCAAGCUUUCUCUGCACGUUCUUCAUACUCAUUACUAUGGAUCAUGGAUCGGGCUUUCAAAUGGACCAAUUUUGGUCUAGUCUCACAAGUUCAUGGUGAUUAUUUUAUCGAUCCAAAAAAUUAUGUCCCCGACAGCAUUGCUAAUCAUUGUCAACAACGAUAUAGUUUAAUGAAAAACAUGAUCAUCAUAUUUCCAGAAGGUGGUUUUCGAUACAAACGUUUGCAAUCAUCGAUAGCGUUUGCCACCAAACGAAACUAUCCAAUUAUGUGCAAUGUUACAUAUCCUCGUGUGAAUGGGUUUCGUGAAUUAUUGAAAGAUGACGUCAAUAUAACACAUGUUGUUGAUUUAACCAUCUGUUAUGAUGAUCCAGACAAAGUACCUUCCAUAUUGGAUAUUGUGCGUGGUAUAAAUUAUUCUGGUGUUCAUUUUCAUUAUAAAAUACAUCAAUUGAAUGGAGCCGAAGAGAAUAUCAACUCUGAGGAAUGGCUUUAUGAACAAUGGCAAAAGAAAGAGGCACUAUUGAAUAACCAUUAUACAGCUAUUAAGCGAAAACAACAAAACCAUCCAAAUGAUUUAUCCAUCGAUUCAAACAAAUCAAGCUCAUCAGGUGAUGACCAUGUUAGUUGUGGUUUAUCAUCGGUUAAACAUCAAGAACAGCAAUCAUUACUUCGAAAACGUAAUGAUAUUUCUCCCAUCAAACCAUCAAAUGUUGGCAUUGGUGCCGGUUGUUGUGAUCAUUUGAGCCCAGAUAAUGUCGAUUCAUCAAAUCAUUCGCAUAAUAAUAAUAAUAAUAAUAACCAACAUCCAUCUUUAUCUCCCGAAACACAGGCAACGACAACGACAAUCACUGCGCCAUUAUCGGCAUCAUCGGAAAGUGUACUAAAAUUUCGUUCACAUCAUGAGUUUCAAACGUAUCGAUUCGAUUUGAAUCAAGGUCGUCCUGUACGAUUUAGUUUUUUCCGUACGUUAUUCUAUCAUCUUGGCUAUCUAUUUGUCUGUUUAAUGGCCUAUGCUUUCAUUGCUGUACUUAUCGUGCCAACGCUAUAAAAAAAAUUUAAUGAAAACAAAAUUUCAUUACAUUCUUCACCUAGUCAUUGAUAUAAUGAUUGCAAACUAACCCAUCAAAACAAGAAAAAACGGGAAAGCUUUACAAAAUCAUCUCAAUCAAUUAUGACAAUCACACAUAUGUUGAUUAUCGAUCAAUAACAAUCAAUUUGGGAACAAAUAUUUGAACAAAGAAAAAAAAAUUAGACAUUACAAUUUCAAUAAUAAAUAAAUAAAUGAAUGAAUGCUUCA